UUCCGGCUCUGUUUCCAGUCGGAAUUAUUUCCUCUGCGCUCCUCCAUGUGAAGCAGAGCAGCGCGGAGCUCCGGGUGUCUCUCUGUUUGUGAGUCCGUUUGUCGGUGCAGUGACCGGUAAACAUGCCGGGAGGCGGCAGCUGUCUGUUCUCCGGGUUCCGGGUUCUGGGUCUCUACUCGAACCACGUCCCGCACGCGCUCCGGUACCACCUGAAGCAUCGGGAGUUCUACGUGGUGACGUCAGUGGGAAGAAGCUUCCACACGUUUAACAGUCCUGCAGUGGAUGUGGUCGGUGUUGGCACGGCGACAGGGCGCAUCAUCAUUCACAACAUCCGACUGAACGAGACGCUGAUGAGCUUCAYGCAGGACUGGGGACCAAUCAGCACGCUGGCUUUCAGGACAGACGGGCCGCCCAUCCUGGCGUCCGGCAGUCCUCAGGGACACAUUGCAUUCUGGGAUUUGGACCGCCGUCAGCUGGUCAACCAGCAGAGACACGCCCACAGAACAGCUGUUUCUGGAGCUUCCUUCCUCCACGGAGAGCCGCUGUUGGUCACCAACGGAGCCGAUAACGCCAUCAAGGUGUGGAUAUUUGAUCAAGAUGGAGGCGGAGCCAGACUGCUGAGGUGUCGUCAGGGCCACAGUGCCCCUCCCACCACCAUCUGUCACCAUGGCAAUGAUGGAAAGAACAUCCUGAGUGCAG